GGGGGCCGGCAGCCAAUGGGCGCGCGGCUUGUUGCGGGGUGCGGGAGCGCAGCCCGGUGGUGUCUGAGCGGCGGUCAUUGUUCGUCGCGGCGCAGCGAUGAGGGGCGACCGAGGCAGAGGCCGUGGCGGACGCUUUGGUUCCAGGUUCCGGCCCUUUGUGCCGCACAUCCCCUUUGAUUUCUAUGUCUGUGAGAUGGCUUUCCCUCGGGUGAAGCCUGCAGCUGAUGAGAGCGCCUUCAGCGAAGCCUUGCUGAAAAGGAACCAGGAUUUGGCACCGACUGCUGCAGAACAGGCUUCUAUCCUUUCUCUGGUGACCAAAAUUAACAACGUGAUCGAUAACCUCAUUGUAGCACCAGGCACUUUCGAGGUGCAAAUCGAGGAGGUUCGCCAGGUCGGCUCCUACAAGAAGGGCACCAUGACGACGGGGCACAACGUGGCCGAUCUGGUUGUCAUCCUGAAAAUCUUACCCACCUUGGAAGCUGUGGCAGCCCUGGGAAACAAAGUAGUGGAAAGCCUGAGAGCGCAGGACCCCAGUGAAGUCCUCACCAUGCUGACCAACGAAACUGGCUUUGAGAUCAGCUCAGCCGACGCGACGGUGAAGAUCCUCAUCACCACGGUGCCGCCCAACCUCCGCAAGCUGGACCCUGAGCUGCACUUGGACAUCAAAGUGCUGCAGAGCGCCCUGGCCGCCAUCAGACACGCUCGGUGGUUUGAAGAGAACGCUUCUCAGUCCACGGUGAAGGUCUUAAUCCGGCUGCUGAAGGACCUGAGGAUUCGGUUCCCUGGCUUUGAGCCCCUCACCCCCUGGAUUCUGGAUUUGCUGGGGCACUACGCCGUGAUGAACAACCCCACCAGGCAGCCCCUGGCUCUCAACAUCGCCUACAGGCGCUGCCUUCAGAUCCUGGCUGCUGGGCUCUUCCUUCCCGGAUCCGUUGGUAUCACCGACCCCUGUGAGAGUGGCAACUUCAGGGUGCACACGGUCAUGACUCUGGAGCAGCAGGACAUGGUGUGCUACACGGCGCAGACGCUGGUCCGGAUCCUCUCUCAUGGAGGCUACAGGAAGAUCCUGGGCCAGGAGGGCGACGCCAGCUAUCUGGCUUCCGAAAUGUCCACGUGGGACGGAGUGAUAGUGACGCCUUCGGAGAAAGCUUACGAGAAACCUCCAGAGAAGAAAGAAGGAGAAGAGGAAGAGGAAAACCAGGAAGAACCCGCUGCGGGCGAGGAGGAGGAAAGCAUGGAGACCCAGGAGUGAUUUGCCCAGGUAAAGCCUGAGAGGAGGGAGCAGGAAGAGGCUGGGCAGAGCUCUGCCUCCCACAGCCCCUGCUCUGCCCCUGCAGCGCAGCUCAGCACCACCGGCUGCUCCUGGAGGAAGCACUCGAAGAACUGAGCAGAGGAACGAAAUCAACCCCAGCAAACACACCCAUCGUCUGUCCCUUGUAUUUGUUUUUAUAGGUUGACAUUAAAGUAUUCUCCCUUUUGA